CCUCAAAUUAGUUGUAAACCUAAAAAAUGGAUGAUGCUGCAGAAUACCAGAAGCUCCGGCGAAACAUGAAGGGAGACCAAGGAUCGAGUGAAGGACAUCCAGGUUCAAAUGAUGGCAUCAGCAGUGUGAUCUACAGCGCGGAAGGAGAAGAGCUUACCAUAAAUUGUGAGGCGGAAUCGGAGUCAUCCGGCCAGCGAGAUCAGUGGAGCAGGGGAGUGGAAUUCCUCUUCUCCUGCAUCGCCCUAUCCGUUGGCCUUGGCAAUGUCUGGCGAUUUCCGUUCAUUGCUCUGGAGAAUGGCGGUGGCGCCUUUCUCAUACCCUACGUGAUUGUGCUCCUGCUGAUUGGCAGACCGGUUUACUAUCUGGAGGUCAUCAUUGGUCAGUUCUCGAGCCGUGGUUGCAUCAGGGCCUUCGAUAUGGCACCUAUAAUGAGGGGAAUUGCCUAUGGUCAGGUGUAUUCCACCGCCUUGGCCACCACCUACUACGCCUGCAUUAUGGCCUUGACCAUCAGGUAUUUGGUGGCCAGUUUCAGUGAGGUCCUGCCCUGGACAUAUUGCCUGGUGGAAUGGGGCAAAAGUUGCGUGGCCACGGGAGCCACAGCUGCCAAUGACUCAUCCAUUGUGCAGGGAGUUUCCUCCGCCGAGCUGUUUUUCACGCAAACGGUUCUGAGGGAGCCCGAAUCGCUGGACGAUAAUGGCCUGGGUACUCCCAGUUGGGAUCUGGUUUUGUGUCUCCUGGCCACUUGGGUGAUCAUCGGCACUAUUUUGUCAAAGGGCAUUCGCAGUUCUGGGAAAGCUUCCUAUUUCCUGGCCCUGUUUCCCUAUGUGAUCAUGGUCGUACUCCUCAUUCGGGCGGUCACUUUACCUGGUGCCUGGCAGGGAAUUGUGUACUUCCUGAAACCCCAGUGGUCACAGCUGCUCAAUCCGCACGUGUGGUACGCGGCCAUCACCCAGAUGUUCUUCUCGCUGGCCAUCUGCUUCGGAACGCUGGUCAUGUACGCCUCCUUCAAUGAUUUCAACAAGAAUGUGCUCAAAGAUGUGAUAAUAAUCACCACCAUAGAUUCUCUUACAUCCAUUCUGGCUGGUUGCAUCAUCUUUGGAAUUCUGGGCAACCUGGCCUUUGAGACCAAAACCAAGGAUAUUUCGCAGGUGGUCAAGGGUGGAGCUGGUCUAGCGUUCAUCUCCUAUCCCGAGGCCAUUGCCAAGUUCAAGUACCUGCCCCAACUGUUCGCCGUGCUGUUCUUCUUCAUGCUCCUGGUCCUGGGCAUAGGAUCGAAUAUUGGAAUGGCCUCGGCGGUGGUGAAUGUGGUGAAGGAUCGAUUCACCCAUUUGCCGCACUGGCUGCUGGCCGUGGGUGCUUCGAUAAUUGGAUUCCUAUGUGGUCUGGUGUACAUGACUCCGGGCGGACAGUUCGUACUGAAUCUCGUCGACUUUUAUGGCUGCACUUUUAUAGCCCUGGUCUUGGCCAUUGCAGAGCUGUUGGCAGUGGGCUGGAUUUACGGCGUGAAGCGCAUCUGCAGCGACAUUGAGUUCAUGCUGAAUCUGAAGACCAGCUUCUACUGGCGCAUCUGCUGGGCCAUUGUGGCACCUGGUCUGAUGUUCCUGGUCCUCGUCUACAUGCUCUUCAGCUACGAACCUCUGUCGUACAGGGGGGUUCAGUAUCCUCCGGUCUACUAUAUGGCUGGCUGGAUUAUCUGGGGACUGGGUGUGCUGCAGCUGCCCUUCUGGGCUUUGGUCACGAUUUACCAGCAGCCAGGAAAGACUUUUGGCAGUAAAUUUCGAAUGGCCAUGCAACCCACUGCCAAUUGGGGUCCAUUGCAGACGCAGAAGUUCGAGGCCUACAUACUCCAUCGAAAACGCGAGGCGGACUUUAAGAGUCCACGUGGCGGAUACUUGUUCGACAAUAUCUUUGGUUAAAGAUUAUACUCACUCUAUUGUAUUUUAGAGUUACGCUUUAUUAUUAAUGCUAAACGCGCCAAACGUUUGUUUGCUUCAAGCUUGCAGCUUAAGAUGUGACAAAAAAUUACGAACAUUUGGUAAUUAAUAUAUUCUUAGGCUUUAGGCUUAGUAUAAGCAUUGAGAGUUAUCUGUUUUUAGGUUAUCUAAAUAAUUGGAUUUGUUUUCGAAAAAGAAAAGCCACAGACCAGUGAAUAUUCAAUGGUAGCUAAAUGAUAUUGUCUUUGACUGGGUGAAAUUAUGUUCUAUGGCUGGGAUUAUCCCUAUUCAUUGGUUUUUCAUUUUAUUUUCUUUGCAUUGGCGGCUCUGCUCUGCUUUAGUUUAAUUAUCACAGCACUUUUUGAUUCUGUUGUUAUUGUGCAAAAUUAUAUAGUUCUCAAAUAUG